GUAUCUUUAUAUAAGAUCAAGAAGCGCCUCUCCCUCCUCCUGGUCAGACCCCUUUCCCCUCCGAGACAAAAAGCACAGAAGGAAGAAGCAUUUCACACAACUCUCUACUUGGAAAUCCUUCCGUCCGCAUCAACCAUGGCCAUGGCUUUCAAGAUGGCGACGACCGGGAUGUGGGUCGCCGACGAGUGCAAGAGCUCGUUCAUGGAGAUGAAGUGGAAGAAGGUGCACCGCUUCAUCGUGUUCAAGAUCGAUGAGAAGUCGAGGCUGGUCACCGUCGACAAGGUGGGCGGGCCUGGCGAGGGCUUCGACCAGCUCGCCGCGUCCCUCCCCGACGACGACUGCCGGUACGCCGUCUUCGACUUCGACUUCGUCACGGUCGACAACUGCCGGAAGAGCAAGAUCUUCUUCAUUGCAUGGUCACCGGCGGCGUCGAGAAUUAGAGCAAAGAUUUUGUAUGCGACUUCCAAAGAUGGGCUGAGGAGAGCGCUGGAGGGUAUCCAUUACGAGCUCCAGGCGACCGACCCGACCGAGAUGGGCUUUGAUGUGAUUAUGGACCGGGCCAAGUAGAUCCGACCCUGAUGAAUUACCUUAAUCAUCGAGGAUGCCAUGCCCCCAUCUCACCUUUUUUUUUUUUUGUUGUGGGGGGGCCCCCUCUUAUUUAAAUAACUCCAAGUAGAUGUGUUUGAUUUGCCUGAUGUUUUGGCCUCUUACCUUUCUAGGGUACUUGGCGCACUAAUGUAAGUUAAUCCCCCCCACUCUCUAAUCUUGUAAUAAGGAUUUCGGCUAAUGGCGUUCGGUAACCUAACGACGAAAAAUUGUCAAUCUUCUUAUU